AUGGCUUCGAACAAGGUGCCAGUCUACUCGACUAGUGAUCUCAAAUCUACCAGCGAUGAUGCUCUCCUUCCCUACUUGACCAAUCUUCCCGCGCCAUACGCUUUCACACCUGACCACACCAAGACAAACAUUCGCUUCUUGCUCGGAUAUAGCGCUGUCGCGAUUGCAGGGUUCACUUUCUAUGCAGACCGCAAGCUUGGCUGGGAAGCAACUAAAUCGCCCUGGAUCAUUGCGGCGGUUGUAUCCUAUUUUGUUCUGAACAGCAUUCUGACAUACUGGAUCUGGGCCGUCGAGGGGGGAGAGGUAUACUCCGGGAAGAGGAAGACUGGAGAAACGAUAUCCGUCUCAUCAUCAGCCAAAAAGUUCUCGAGUCUCUACAAGCUGCACGUCACAUAUAAGUCUGCCUCAGGGAAAGUCCUCCAGGACAAGUGGUGCGAAGCGCCCUUCACAACUUGGUUCUCGGCAGAAGGUGUAUUCCACCCCGAGCCUUUCCGCCGCUGGGUGGCCAGCGAAAUUGAUGUUUUGAGACUGGCGGCUAAGGAGAAUGAGAAGAAAUCCGGUUGA